AUGAAAAUGAACGAUCCAAGCGUACCAUCCAAGAAAGCGCCCUCCCGCCCAUGGUCGCUCCGCCGAAAAGUCCUGCUAGGCAGCGCCCUCGCCAUCGUCGUCCUCGGCCUCGCGCUAGGUCUCGGUCUAGGACUAACACUCGGACGCGACGACGAUGACGGAAACGAUAAUAAUAACUCUCCUACGCCUACGGCAACCUCCUCACCUCUCCCCACACCGACCGGGAAUCUGACUUGGACACCCCGUGUGAACGACACAUGGCAGAUCAUCCUGCAGUCGAACAUGAUACUGGAUAAGGACGCCAGCAGCGUGACGCCCGAUGUCGCAGUCUACGACAUCGAUUUGUUUGACACGGACGACGAGACGAUUUCUACGCUUCACCGUUUAGGGAAGAAAGUGAUAUGUUAUUUCAGCGGGGGGAGCUAUGAACCUGGGCGGCCGGAUAGUGGAGAUUUCCAGGAGGAGGAUAUGGGGAAGGAGCUGGAUGGGUGGCCGGGGGAGAAGUGGUUGAGGCUGGGGAAUGAGAACGUGCGUAAGAUUAUGAAGGCGAGGGUGGAGUUGGCGGGGAGGAAGGGGUGCGAUGGUGUGGAUCCGGACAACGUUGAUGGCUUUCAAAACGACAACGGUCUGGGCCUUACCGCCGACGACAGCAUCUCGUUCAUGGGCUAUCUCUCCAACCUGACUGUGCCGCUCAAGCUCGCCCUUGGCCUCAAAAACGCAGGUGAUAUUAUCGCCGAAGUCCUGCCUAUCGUACACUUCUCCGUCAACGAGCAAUGCGUUGAGGAGAGCGAGUGCGACACCUUCCACGCCUUCAUCGACGCAGAUAAGCCCGUGUUCCACAUCGAAUACCCCGAUGGGGCAGGCGACCAGAGCGGACUGAAGAAGGGCGUCGUGCAGAAGUACUGCGGAGACCAGGGUGCGGCGGCAGGUUCCGACAGGUUCAGCACCGUACUGAAGAAGAUGGACCUGGAUGGCUGGGUCGAGUAUUGCGAUGAGGCUGUAAAGAUCACGACAGUAAACCAGACAAAUUCGGGAAGGUGA